GGCGAAUGCGAAUGUCGAAACUACUGUCGCACAUACGGAGCAGCAGUUUGUGGUUCGGAUCGAGUCUCUUACGCUUCGUCGUGCCACCUUUAUGUGCGAGCAUGUCUGCUCGCCAAGAAAGGCGAAAAGCUGCGAAUAAUGGAGUACGGAGCCUGCAGACAGAAGAGCCCUUGUGAAGAUCUGCGAUGUGGACCUGGAGAAGAUUGCGUUGUGUCACAGAAAGAUGGAGUGCUCUCGGCGCAGUGCGUAUGCCCACAAUCUUGCCCAUCUUACGGCGAUUCAGUAGAAUCGUCGCCGGUUUGCUCUUCUCAAGGCAUAGACUAUCCAUCGUGGUGUCAUCUGAAGCAACAUGCAUGCCAUGCUCAAAUCAACAUCACUGUGCGAUUUUUUGGAGAAUGU